AUGAGCGCGCUUCAUCCUCACUGGCAGCGUCUCAUUGAGUGGCUCGCCGCGCAGGGAAUGCAGACAGACAAAAUACGCGUCGUGGCACGAACCGCACCAGGCGCCGGUUACGGCUUGUUUGCUCUGGAAAAUCUUGGACCUUCGACUCCCCUGUUCACGGUACCUGCGCACACGUUGCUCAAUCAUCUCACUCUGUCUCCCCACUAUCCGGCAGCUCGGCCGAAGCUCUCAUGCACUCAACUUGUUUCUUUGCAUCUUUCACUGCACCGUCCGUUGGGAGAAGUAUCUGACGAUCCCCUGUUUGGUCCUUAUAUCUCCGUUCUCCCUCGAGACUUUGACUGGCAUCCUUUCACUUGGCUUUGGAAGACCAAGACUCAACGCCAUGACGCGCCUCUUGAAACGCGGCUAUGCGAGAGUUUGCCACCCAGAAUUGUUGAGAAACUCGAUAGAACUUGUGCUUUGUUCAAAAAGGACUGGCGUGUGAUCCAGAAAUAUUUGGAAAGCCAUCCAGCUAUAUGUCCCGUUCAAACCGGCCUCCGAGUGGAUGACUUUCUCUGGGGAUGGCUGAAUGGUCUGUGGCUCAUGUUUUUGGUGUAUAAAUUGGCGUUGAAUGUCAAGCUUCAAGAACAGUGA